AUGGGUUUGCUGAUAUUGCACCAAUUUUCAGCACUCCUCUGGAAAAAUUUCACCUUAAAGAGAAGGCAUUUUUUCGAUUUAAUAAUGGACGGCUUUACAGCAUUGCUGUUUCCAACAACUCUUUUGCUAUUCCGUGUAAUUAUUAAAGUGCAUGUAAUAAAGCCUCAAAUUUUUUAUCCUCAAAACAUCAGUACUCUACCACUUUUUCUUAAAAAUCCUAAUGAGUGGGAACUAAUUUAUGUACCUUCUAAUAUUGAUGUGCUUAAAGAUAUCAUUGAAAAUGUGAAGAGCAACUUAAACAUCAGUAUAAAAGUUAAUGGCUUUUCUUCAGAAACUGAGCUUGAUAGCUACAUUAAGUAUGGCAGUAGAUCACGGAAAGUUCUGGCUGCUAUUGUUUUUGAUUGUGACUUCAAAACCAAAUAUGACCCUCUCCCACUUCAGGUAAAAUAUUAUCUGCGUUUUUUUAGGACACAGAAAAAUGUUUCCUCAUUAGAGAAGGUCGACUGGGAAACAUCGUUGCUCUUUCCUAUUCGAUCUUUUGCAGGACCCAGGAACCCAAAUUAUAAUGAUGGAGGAAAUCCUGGAUAUAUUAAAGAAGGGUUUGUGGCUGUACAGCAUGCCUUAGAUAAAGCCAUCAUGCUAUAUCAUGAAAGCAGUGCUAGAGAGAUAUUUGAUAGUAUCCAUGUUCUUAUACAGAGAUUUCCAUAUCCACAUUUUUCUCAAGAUGGAUUAAUUGGGGUUAUUAGCUCUUUUGCCCCUUUGAUGUUCAUACUUAUGUUUUCUCCAACUGUACUUUCUAACAUGCGAUUCAUUGUGUCAGAGAGAGAAUCAAGAUUAAAGGAAUACCAGAUUAUAAUUGGACUUAGAAACUGGAUGAUUUGGGCUGCCUAUUUCUUCACAUUCAUCCUAACCUAUAUCAUUCUUAUAUUUUUGAUAUGUGUAUUAUUUUUUGCAAAGAUUAUCAAUGAACCAAUAUUCCGCAACAGUGACUUUAGUUUCAUCUUUGCCUUUCUAAUUUGUUAUGCCAUUGCCUCAAUACUUUAUACCUUUAUGAUUAGCACAUUCCUCACUAGAGCUGAAAUGGUUCCUUCUAUUGGAAGCAUCCUAUAUUUUGCCAGUUUCUUCCCAUAUAACAUCAUUGCUGAAUAUUAUGGACUGUUAACCCUCCCCCAAAAGAUGGCUGCUUGUUUCAGUUCUAAUAUAGCAUUAUCAUUGGGAGUUAAUCUUCUACUAAGGUCAGAAAUAAAAGAAUAUGGUGUUAAUUGGAAUAACCUUUGGAAACAAGUCAGCCUUGAGGAUAACCUUAUCUUUGGCUAUUUAAUAGGAAUGCUUUUACUUGACGCUUUCCUGUAUGGUCUAAUUGCCUGGUUUAUAGACACUGUCUCUAGUGGGAAUUGUGGCGUUCAUCAACCAUGGUAUCACUUUCUUAUGUACUCAUACUGGUUUAGAAAAGAAAAUAUUAGCAGAAACACAGAGGAAAUGGGCUACUGUGUGCGAUCUGAAAGCAAGUAUUUUGAAAAAGAACCUACUCAUUUGAGGCCAGGUAUUCAGAUAAAAAAUUUGCACAAGGAAUUUGAUUCCAAAGUAGCAAUAAAGAACCUGAGUUUGAAUUUAUAUGUGGGGCAGAUCUCUAUUCUUCUAGGGGAAAAUAAAUCUGAAAAAUCCACCAUUAUAUCUACUCUUAUAGGACUUUGUCCUCCGACCAAAGGAAAAGUCUUUAUUAAUGGACUUGACAUCUCAAAGAAUGUAACUGAUAUUCAGAAAUACUUGGGCUUCUGCCCACAACAUGACUUACUAUUUAAUGAUUUGACAGUAUCAGAACACCUUUUUUUCUACACUAAGAUCAAAGGAAAAAGGAAGAUUGAAUCAAUAGAAAUUGACCAUAUGCUGUCUGCUCUUAACCUGCUAGAAAAGCGUAAUACUCUCUCAAUUUCCCUGAGUGCAGGAAUGAAGCGCAAGCUUUCUGUCAUCAUAGCGCUUUUAGGAUGCACCAAGGUGGUGAUACUUGAUGAGCCAACAAAUGGGAUGGACCCUGCAUCGAGGAUGUCCACCUGGGGACUCCUUCAGCAUUAUAAAAAGGAUCGGACAAUCUUAAUGACCACCAACUACAUGGAUGAAGCCAACAUCUUGGGUGACCGCAUUGCCAUCAUGGCCAAAGGGACUCUGCAGUGCUGUGGCUCUUCAAACUUCCUGAAACACAUAUAUGGUCCUGGAUACCACAUAAUCAUAGUGAAGGAACCACACUGUGACAUUGAAAUGAUCUCUCGAGUGAUUUGGUCUCAUGUUCCUAAAGCAACUUUACAAAAGCAUAUUGGAUCUGAUUUAUCAUUUAUCCUCCCAAAAGAUAAUAUACACAGUGUUGAAGCUCUGUUUACUGAACUUAAACAGAAAAAAAAUGAGCUGGGCAUUGCCAGUUUUGGUGUUUCAAUCACUACAAUACAAGAUGUAUUUCUUAAGGUAAAUAUGGUGACAAAUCCUCCCUUGAAUAAUCAGCACUCUCUCUUGGAAGAACAAAAAUUAAGUCAAGAAAAGGAGAUGGAAAUGGAUAUACAAAGUAAAUGUGAGAGACCAGUGUAUUCUAAAUUGAAUGAAAUUGCUACCAUUAAAUUUAAUACUGGGUUUUCACUUUAUCGCCAGCAAUUUUGUUCUAUGUUUAUAAAGAGAGCACUAUUCAGUUGGCGGAGUUGGAGAAUGAUGUUGCUACAGAUAAUAGUAAAUGUAACUGUCACUACAUAUCUCUUAAUGUCUGUAAACUUAAAUUAUGAUGUACCCAGCAGAGAACUGGAUUUGAGUCAAUAUGGCCACACUACUGUGCCAUAUUCAGUUUCAGGGAAUUCUAAUUUGACUCUGAAUCUCAUAAAGAACCUUCAGAUUUUUCUAAAAUCCAAGAACCAAACAUUUCUGGAAGUUAAAGGUAAUAUAACUGAGUACAUCAUAGAAACUAAAGCAUGCCAUGCUUUCUCUAUAGCUGCAUUUUCUAUUAAGGUUGAGGAAAAUAAAACAAUAUUAACUAUUUUGUUCAAUAAUGAGGCAUUUCAUUCAGCUGCAAUAUCACUGGAAGUACUAGACAACAUUCUUUUUAAGUCACUUUCUGGUCCCAGGGCUUCCAUUCAAGUUUUCAAUAAGCCUCAGCCUCUCGAUUAUGCUACUCAAAAAAUGUCUAUAGAUGGAAUUCGCAUAGUUUUGUGCUUGGCUUUUGGAAUGGCUAUUGUGAUUAGUGGCUUUUGCGUUCUGACAGUGACUGAGAGAAUUUCUAGUGCAAAGCACAUUCAGUUUGUAAGUGGUGUCCAUGUACUUAUUUACUGGGUAUCAGCUUUGCUGUCGGAUCUCAUGUGCUACUUCAUCCACUGCUGCCUACUCCUGGGAGUGUUCAAAUACUGCGGAGUGGAAGCAUUUGUUGAAAAUUUCCAAUUUUUGCAAACAAUGAUGAUCUUCAUGCUGUAUGGCUGGUCUGUUGUUCCUCUCGUUUAUCUUGGAAGCUUUCUGUUUUCUAGUAUUACUACUGCUUAUGUCAAGCUCACCCUCUUUAACUACUUUUCCCAUGUUUUUACUGUGGUGGUUUACUCCAUAGCACAUCGCUCUGGUAUUGAAUUUGUACAAAAAUAUGUCAUAAAAACUGCACUAAUGCUGCUUCCUAGUUACAACUUUGUUAUGAGUCUCAGCAAGGUGUUUGAUGACUAUGAAAUUAAAAAAUUAUGUUCCAGGAAAAAUGCAAGUGUCUAUCUGAACUGCACGAAAGAACGUGUUGAGAACAGUAUCUACAAUUUUGGAGAAGAUGGGAUUGCACACUUUUUGCUUGCAUUGGCGUUUGCAGGUUUCUUUUACAUCACCGUGCUUUUUUGUCUAGAGACUACACUGUGGGACCUGAAGAACUUUGUCUUUCAUAAAAUAAUAUAUAAUGCUUUGCCGAAAACUAAUUUAGUGACCGAUGAACAAUGCAUGAAAGACAAAGAUCAAGAUGCAGAAGAAAAAGAAGAUAAUAAUGCUGUAGCUCCUAAAUUGAACAAUACUCCACUGGUUCUUAAAGAAGUUACAAAGAUUUAUUUUAAGUGUCCAAUUGUAAAUGCUGUGAGAAACAUCUCACUCAUAGUCCAAAAGUCAGAGUGUUUUGGAUUACUUGGAUUAGAUGGAGCUGGAAAAAGCACUACAUUUAAAAUGAUUACAGGAAAGGAAACCACAACCUCUGGAGUUGUGCUAAUUGAUGGCAUUAACAUCAUUGAGAAUAUUUGGAAGGUUAGGUCAAAAAUUGGCUAUAGUCCUGAAAGAAACCCUAUGAUGACACAUAUGACAGGUCGAGAAUUACUAAUUAUGUAUGCCAGACUGCGGGGUGUCCCUGAACCUGACAUUUAUAAAUAUGUAGAAGCCUUUAUAUUUUCAUUGCACCUGGAAACCCAUGCUGAUGAGUUUGUCUCCAAAUACAGUUUUGGAAGCAAACGUAGAUUGAAUGCUGCUAUUGCCUUAAUGGGAAAUACUUCAGUUGUCUUCCUGGAUGAGCCAUCUAGUAGUAGAGAUCCAACAACCAUGAACUUCCUCCAGGACACAGUUACAUGGAUGUGUAAAAAUGGCAAAGCUGUUGUUAUAUCUUCCCACAGCAUGGAAGACUGUGAGGCUAUCUGUACCAGGAUGGCCAUUAUGGUCAAUGGAACAUUCAAGUACCUAGGGAGCCCUCAACACCUCAAACACAAGUUUUGCAAUAUAUAUAAUCUAACAGCCAAGAUUAAGACAGAUCAGACUGUAAAUAAACUACCACAAUUCAAAGAAUUUGUUACAACAAAUUUCCCAGGUAGUGUUAUAAACCAAGAGCACGAAGGGUUUGUUGGCUUCUACUUUUCCAGCAAGAAAAUUCAAUGGGGAAAGGUGUUUGAUAUUUUGGAAGAAGCUAAAGCAUCAUUCAAUUUAGAAGAUUAUUCCGUCAAUCAGAUAACAAUGGAACAAAUAUUCCUGACUUUUGCUAAUACUGAUAAAAUGGAAAAUGAUGAAAUAAACUUGCUAUGA